GAGGGAGAGAGAGGGAGGAAGGAAGGGCAAGGGACGAAGCAACGCCCUGCAAGGCUGCAACAAAGGAGCGAGUCGGCUGCAGAGACGUCUCUUUCUCGUCCAGACGAGACCAGACCAGGCACAGCAGCAGCAGCAGCAGCACAAGAGCUGCAAGCAAGGUCGCCUUGCGCUGCUCCUUUCAUUGCACGAGCCAGCCUGCUUUCGUGCCAGGCACAGCAGCGUCUCGACCGGUGAGUGGAACAGACAGAGUGGACGAAACCACAUAGACGUAGCCUGGACGAUUUCGUGUCUCUCGUGCUGCCAUCGAUUUGAGUCUCGUCGGACAAUUCAGGAGACGUAAUUCAUUCUUCCCGGUGGUGGUGGAGGAGUAAUUAGGUCUCUUCAGAGUUCGGCGGUGCAGAACAGGAAAUUUUUCGGACAACGAUCCGGAGGUGGAUCGAACAUCCGUUCCAGAGGGAAUUGAAGGAAGUUUCGGUUUUCAGUACCUUCCUGUCGGGCAUCGUUGACAGGUCCGUUGCAGGCUCGGAGAGUUCGUGUCGGUGGUGGAGUUUUCUCUUUGAAGUUGUAAGGCUUCGAAAGAUGGUGUCUGACGCCAGUAAGAAGAAGGCCGCAGCCAAGAAGGCUGCUGCCGUAGCCAAGCGAGGAUCCAAAUCUGCCGCGGUUGGAUCGAAGGCGGAAGACACCAAUGGAAACGAUCUUGCUGCCGAACUGGCUGCCGCGGCGAUUACGGAUCGAACUUGUACUGGAGUUUUAGCAUCGCAUCCGCAGUCUCGAGAUAUUCAUAUUGAGAGCCUGUCGGUGACUUUUCACGGACACGAAUUGGUUUCGGACUCCACAUUAGAGUUGAAUUAUGGAAGGCGUUACGGUUUACUGGGGCUUAAUGGGUGCGGAAAAUCCACGUUAUUGACAUCGAUUGGAAUGCGCGAAGUUCCCAUACCUGACCACAUGGAUAUCUAUCACUUGACAAGGGAAAUCGACGCUUCAGACUUGACUUCCUUGCAAGCCGUUAUGAAUGUCGACGAAGAGCGCCUUGUCUUGGAAAAAGAAGUCGAAAGAUUGGCCGCUCGGGAUGAUGGAGGUGGCGAAGCUUUGGACAGAAUUUACGAGCGACUGGAAGCUAUGGACUCUGCAACUGCCGAAAAAAGAGCAGCAGAAAUUCUUCAUGGUCUAGGUUUCACCAAGAAGAUGCAAUCAAAGAAGACCCGCGAUUUCUCUGGAGGAUGGAGAAUGCGUAUCGCUUUGGCUAGGGCACUUUUCAUGAAUCCUACAAUCCUUCUCCUGGACGAACCUACCAAUCAUCUUGAUUUGGAAGCCUGUGUCUGGCUCGAGGAGAUCCUGAAGAAGUUUGAUCGAAUUCUGGUCGUGGUUUCACAUUCCCAGGAUUUCCUGAAUGGUGUGUGUACCAACAUCAUUCACAUGCAGAAUAAGAAGCUCAAGUUUUUCUCAGGUAAUUACGAUCAAUAUGUUCAGACACGAUCUGAGCUUGAAGAGAAUCAGAUGAAGCAGUACCGAUGGGAACAGGAGCAGAUAUCAGCCAUGAAGGAGUAUAUUGCCAGAUUCGGUCACGGAUCCGCCAAGCUCGCCCGACAAGCACAGAGUAAGGAAAAGACUCUAGCCAAGAUGGAAAGAGGUGGAUUGACGGAGAAGAUUGUGAGAGACAAGGUUCUUGUGUUUCGUUUUACAGAUGUAGGAAAGUUGCCACCUCCAGUCCUACAGUUUGUGGAGGUUUCUUUUGGAUACACUCCGGACAACCUCAUAUACGAUAAGAUAGACUUUGGUGUGGAUUUGGAUUCUCGUAUUGCGCUUGUCGGUCCUAACGGAGCCGGGAAGAGUACUCUGCUCAAGCUGAUGACUGGAGAGGUAGUGCCCAACGACGGUAUGGUUAGGCGCCACAACCACCUUCGGAUAGCCCAAUAUCAUCAACAUUUGGCAGAGACCUUAAAUCUUGAAGUGUCAGCGCUGCAAUAUAUGAUGUCAGAGUACCCUGGGUUGGAAGAAGAGAAGAUGCGUGCGGCUAUUGGGAAAUUUGGACUUACAGGCAAAGCCCAAAUCAUGCCAAUGGGAAACCUUUCCGACGGUCAGAAGAGUAGAGUGAUUUUUGCAUGGCUGGCAUGGCGAUUGCCACAUCUGCUUUUAUUGGAUGAGCCUACCAACCAUCUUGAUAUUGAGACGAUUGACUCUCUGGCCGAGGCCCUGAACGAGUGGGACGGAGGGUUGGUGUUGGUCAGUCACGACUUUAGGCUCAUCAACCAGGUGGCAAAGGAGAUCUGGGUAUGCGAGAACAAGACCGCGACAAGGUGGGAGGGCGACAUCAUGGACUUCAAGCAACAUCUCAAGAAGAAAGCUGGUCUGUAGGAACAUUUUUCAGCUUUUCUCUUUUUCCCUUUCUCCUACCUCGGGACAAGUAGCCAACACCAUUUGGGAUAGUAGUCCGUAGCAAACCUAAAACGCGAUUUUGACGAAAGGGAGUAGGCCCCAUUGAAGGUGAGUUCCGACGACAUGUCUUGCCUGUGGGUUCUGCGUAAUAUGCCCUAGCAUUGGUCAUCAUUUGUCUUUGUAAAAUUAUACUAUUGACUUCUUGCGAGCUAACUGCUCCAUUGUCGAAUUAGCUCAAAGUGUUGAUCUCAACAACUUGUAUCAUUGAAAUGGGGGGCUCGCAACGGCAGCCUUUCUUCACGUGGCCCCAUGUCAAAUUUUUUCAAUAUGCUGGGCAAUAAUGGCAACCCACUUUGCGUAGGGCUUGUCCACAGUGAGAUUGUCUUGACAUUAUUCCUAUGUAAACUCUACCGAGUGACAUAAAGUUACAUGACGCGAAGAUGAAAGUUUUUCCGGAAAGUAAGAAGGAUUAAGGUUGGAGUUUUGUCCGGUGUCCAGAUUUUUGUGGAACUUAGUUUUUUCCUAUUAUGAAUAUCACAGUUGGGUCAAGCUCUUUGUUUGAUGUCUCUGUGACGGAGACAUUUUAUACUUC